AUGGCGCGGUACGCGUCUCCUUUGAGUCAAAUCAAGCCCCUUCAAGACGUCGGGUUUGCUUUCAGUUGGUACGGGGCAUACGACAUCGCCAAAUCGGGCCUCCUGCUCCUGGCAGGUGUCUUCUCAAUUUACCACCUGGGCAAGCUCAUCUACAACCUGUUCUUCCACCCGCUGCGACACAUCCCGGGGCCAUGGCUCUCUCGGGGAUCGUAUCUUCCGGAAAUCUGGUACGAUGUAGUGAGGAAGGGCCGCUACACAAAACAGAUACAGAAGAUGCAUGAGAAGUAUGGCCCGAUUGUUCGCAUCAACCCCGACGAAGUCCACUGCAAUGAUUGGCAUUUCAUCGAUGAGAUCUACGCCUCGGGAGCCAGGAAACGCGACAAGCCCGUACACCAGGUCAGGGGCAGCGCAGUCGCAGAGCGCGCGACAUUCUCUACCACGAACCACGACCUACACCGCAUGCGACGCAGCGCCCUGAACAAGUUUUUCUCGCGCGCGCAAAUCGGACGUCUCGAGCCCACCAUCCGUGAUCUUGCUGAGCGCCUUUGUGACAAGAUCCUGACAGUCGGGAAGGAAGGGCCCUUCGAUGUCACGACAGCACUGAGCCUGUUCACAAGCGAUGUCAUCACCGGUUACUGCCUCGGUGAGAGCUUGGGUCUGAUCGCGCAGAAGGGCUGGGAGCCCAACUUCCGGGAACCGCUUUACGCCCAGCUCAAGUUGGUUUACUUGUUCCGCUUCUUUCCCUGGUUGAAGCACUUGGGAUUUGCCAUGGCCAUGUUCACCCGGCGCUUGUCGGAGGACAUGGAAACCCUCUUUAACGUUUUGAUCGUCGACAUGCCCAACUACGUCAAGCGAGCGCAGGACAAGGUUGAAAAAGGCCUAGACGACGGCUCUGCUUCCGUAUUCGGCCUGCCCACCGUGUUCGGGUCCGUGCUGCAAUCCGAUCUGCCACCAAGUGAAAAGGCCCAGCAGCGCUUGGUCGAGGAGGGCUUCUCCCUGUUCGUGGCUGGCACUGAAACAGUCAGCUGGGCGUUGACCGUCGUCACGUACCACCUGCUCACCAAGCCAGCAAUCCUCGAGAAGCUCACCGCCGAGGUGCGCGGCGCGCUCGACGAGUCCGGGCAGCUGCCGUCGUGGGCGGCCCUGGAGAAGCUGCCCUAUCUCGGCGCCGUCAUCUACGAGGGACUGCGGCUCUCGUACGGCCUCGCAACCCGCACCUCGCGCAUCGCCACGGGCGAGGACCUAGUUUACCGUGGUAGCUGGAAGCCUCAGGGCAGUGUGAAGCCAAAGAGUCUGGAGUAUGUCAUCCCAAGGGGAUACGCGAUCGGCAUGUCUGCGGUUAUUACCCACCAUGAUGAGGAGGUCUACCCGGAUUCGCACUCGUUUAUUCCGGAGCGGUGGCUGGAUGAGAAUAACCAGCAUAGAAAGGAGCUUGACAAAGCGCUCCUUGCCUUUUCAAAGGGCAGCCGAGGGUGUAUUGGCAUCAACCUUGCCUAUUGCGAGCUGUAUACGCUGCUUGCUCUACUGGUCGUGAAGGUGUUCUCGCAUAUGAAGUUGUAUCAUACUACCGAGGCGGAUGUUGCUUGGGACCACGACUUUUUCAAUCCCUUCCCUGUGUGGGGUAGCAAGGGAGUGCGAGCGGUGAUUGUCAACUAA